AUGACAUAUUUGACCCUGGAUUGCAACAAAUUGCUAUCAAUUGAUGAUUUGUGUUUGGUAGGUUUAUCAAAAGUUCACAUCUCGAUCGAGCCUGAACUGGCUAAAAAAAUAAAUUUAAACUUGGAAGAAUUAAAUUCUGUAGAAAAAUGUAAUAAUAGUACUGAUUUUGAAGUCCCAUUUGUCGAUAUAGAAUACCUAAAGUCAAGAAUGAUUUGUUGCAACGUACUUCAACAAGCACUUAGAUGGAAGCCGAAACCUAAUUCAUUGUUUAUAACUAAAUUGGUUAAAGCUCUAAACACAAACUCUUAUUUUAAUAGAUUUCCAGCGGAAACAACCCUUUAUAAUGGAGAUUAUACCUACACCCAGUCUCCAGGAAUACCAAGAAUGUUAUCCACAGUUACAUCGCCAAAAUCUGACCUAAAGAACCCGUCAGAAGUAUUGCAAAAGGAAGUCGGAUUAUCAUCGGAUGAACUUAAUUCACUAGUUAACUCACAAACCGAAUUUUUGUCCAACGUUUCAGUCUUAGGUUCACUGAUGAAAACAAUGUCAAAUUUAAGUGAUUUGAAUAUGGGAUUACUGUGCGAAGCACUUUCAGUUCCGUACGACUUUCUACUCCUUCCUGAACUGCAGAAGAUUCCUAACGUGAUGGAAACUGUGAGAAAUUUAUUGUGGCUAACUGAAGAUAGCAAACUCAUUCCAAAAAAGGGUGGAGAUAAGACCGUAAAAUCACUGGUUUCAACUCAAUUGGUGCACAACGCUGAACUGAGAUCCUUAGCUCAGUCAAUUCUGAAGGAAGUUUCCAAGGUGUUUUCAUCAAUUUGUUCAAAUCUAGUGCAACCAGAAUUGCAAAAUGUAGUCAACAAGGCAUGGAGUGCGUCAUUGGAUUCCCAACUUAACGCUUUAUUGUAUUCCCUAAAAAACGUAACUGUUCUCUACAACGAACUGCUCCCGCUCAUGUUCUCAAAAUAUUCAGAAUCAUACAAUAACGUAAGGAUUAUCCAGUUAAAUAUAUUCUAUAUAAUAUUAAUAUAA